AUGGCGCCGUCAUCGUCGGAGGUCCUCAUGAAGGACAGUGCCAAAUCUAACGAGAAACUCUACAAGAUGGCAUUCAGAGUGUCUGGUGAUGAAAGUCACCAAAUUCUGGACAUUGGAUGUGGCCCUGGAGAUGUUACACUAAAUCGUAUAUUGCCGACAUGCGAGCCUUGCAAGAGGAUCGUCGCGGUCGAUUCCUCGAUCAGCAUGAUCAAGUAUGCCAAACAACAUUACGCGCACGAGAAGAUCGUAUACGAUACUUUUGACAAAGAUAGCGACGUGUCGCCUUUUAGGAAGAAGUACGGUGCCUUCCAACGUGUCUAUUCUUUCAAGACUCUGCAUUGGUCACGAGACCUGCACCACUGUCUGGGCAAUAUCACCCAGCUGCUGACACCUGGUGGCGAGUGUCUGCUGUACUUUCAUGCACGGACAUUUUUGUUUGAGUCCUUCAAGAAAUUGAGUCACCUGGAGACAUGGACGAGAUAA